AUGGCUUCUAAGGUAUUCGUUCUCGCGCUCAUCUUUGUUGCCGUUGUUGGCGUCGCUAUGGCCGCUGAAGCCCCAGCUUCAUCACCAAAGUCAUCACCAAAGUCAUCAGCAAAGGAAUCACCAAAGUCAUCAGCAAAGGACUCACCAGCUCCAUCUUCAGAAAAGAAAUCACCAGCUCCAUCUUCAUCUUCAGUAAAGAAAUCACCAAAGGCAUCAGGACCAGUUACAGGAUUAGAUGUCCCAACAAUCUCAGAUGCUCCUCCCCUCUUUGUUGAUUCACCUCCUGCCCAAUCCCCAGUGGCUGAGGAGCCUAUUGUGGCUGUCCCUCCUGUUUCCGGCCCUGCUGCCGGCCCUACAUCCCCCGCCGCUGAUGAAGCUAGUGAUGCUUCUUCUCUGAAAGUAUCCGCUGUUGUUGCUGUCGCCGCAGUUGGUUUCUUUGCCUUUUAA